ACCAACAUGCGCCGCUCGAGUCGACUGCGUGGUCGUGAGGACACAGUGGACACCCCAUCUAAGCGACAAAAGGCCAGUGAUAAUGAAAACACCCCCGCAACGCAGCCAGCAACAUCGGAGCAUCGGUCGGCGUGGGAUGCGUUUUUAGAAUCAAAGUUGUUCUUGAAGGCGCCUGGAGACUUAUACGACGUCUUCGAGUUGGCAGCGGAGUUGAGACCCGAGAGCCCCUGCAAGGCGUUUGUGGGCACUUUGGGGCUUCGAUUGACUGGUCCUUUCGACUUGUUGGCCGCCAAGGAGGAGGUGACGGUGGACAAGCCUCUGUAUCUACAUGGACGCUUCUUUUUCGACCCGCCAGAGGUAGCAACUGUUGUUGUGGACACUGAGAGUGACGAAGGUCGACACUGGGGAUACUUCAGAGACUCUCCUGACCAAGUUCCAGAGUACGUUGUGUGCGCAGACAGCAGUCGUGAGUGCAAAUUCGACAUCGUAGGGAGUAAUCUCUUCCAGUUGCUGGAGAGCAGACUGCAGAAGCGUCAAUCGACUCUCGGGGUUGCCAAAACUGCGGAUCUGCUUAAGAAGAUCGAAGGUCAUAAAUCGUGCGCUAGAGGGCAAUCAGAAUCGGCUCUUCGAAGUAAAAGAGCGAAAGAGACUGUCGCUCCAUCAUUGCAUCAACUUGGUAUUGUGGUUCCGGUUGACACCAAGAGCAAUACGGGAUACCGUGAGCUGCCUACGACCGGAAAAGACCUUGCAGACCUGCUGCAUCAAGUGAGACAGGAAGCAGGCAAGACGUCGCCAGCACGUAAGAAGCUGAGUGAACUGAUUACUCGAGCUACGAUCGCCAGUGACGAGUGCGACUUCGGGACCGGACUCUUGCUGGGUCUCGACGUCUUCACGGCCGGGUCGUGUCUUGAGAAGGAGGCACUGCAACUACUUCGGGUUGCUUAUAUGCUGCUGCGUCGAGCAAAUUUUUACAAGAUCGCAUCGGGCCACUCCAAGCACCGCAAUGGUGACGAUCUUACUGCUUGCAUCGAAUCUGUAGUUGCUUCGGAUCAGGAGGUCUCCGACAAGCAGUCUAAGCAGUCGACAGUGGAGCUUCCGUUGCCUCUUGUCGAUCGCAAAUAAAGGUACCUGCCGUCCAUGACAAUUUCAGCUGACGUUACGCAUUUUUAGGGGAAUGCCAGGUUGGUACCAUCAUUUCACUACAAACCUGUAUAUCUCUACUUGGUUAAAGUAAGUAUACAAGACUUGCCAUAUCAAAAUGAUGGCUC